AUGCAGAAGGAAGAAAGUAGCACAGAGGAGGCCCUCGAUAAGGUAAGGAGCGGCUUUUUAAGAAAAGCGAUCAAUAAAGUCAGCAAAGGUGUAUCACUGCGACGUGCUUCUCCCGGAACCUCUUCAGAGCUCGAGGAAGGAAAUGUGAGACCCACUUCGAUGGUUUCCGAGGCUCAAUCUGCUGGAGACUUUCAGAUGAAUCGAUUAUCCAAUAUGAGCGAUGAGAUGUCAGAAGUAGAUGACGCAUCUCUACUAUUUUCCCAGCCUCCACAACCGCAGUCGAAUUUGAUGACAAUCGUAGUGGGAGUAUUCGUUGCAGUAGGUGGAUUUCUUUUUGGCUAUGAUACAGGAUUGAUUAAUAGCAUUAUUGAUAUGAACUAUGUGAGAACGAACUUGGCACCAGAUCAUGAAGGAUUUUCAGCCAGGGAGAUGGCUAUCAUUGUAUCUUUCUUGUCUCUGGGGACCUUUAUCGGAGCCUUGUCUGCUCCUUUGCUAUCUGAUUCCUAUGGGCGGAAGGCAACAAUAAUAUUUAGCACAGUGGUUGUGUUUCUCAUUGGGAAUUCACUGCAGGUGGCAGCACAUAGUGUGAAGCUACUGAUCGCUGGGAGAGUCAUUUCAGGAUUGGGAAUUGGUCUGAUUUCAGCGGUUGUCCCACUGUAUCAGGGUGAAGCUGCCAAUAAAUUCCUCAGAGGAGCUAUAAUCUCUACGUAUCAGUGGGCUAUCACAUGGGGGCUCCUAGUUUCGAGUGCGGUUUCGCAAGGUACACAUUCAAGAAAUGAUGCUUCCUCUUAUAGGAUUCCCAUAGGUUUACAGUACGUUUGGGCACUGGUGCUUGCUGUCGGAAUGCUCUUCCUCCCAGAAAGCCCCAGGUUUUACGUUUUGAAAGAUGAACUGGACAAAGCUGCAAAGUCACUAUCGUUUUUAAGAAGUGUACCGAUAACAGAUGCAGGGCUCUUGGAAGAAUUGGUAGAAAUUAAGGCUACCUACGAUUACGAAGCAUCUUUUGGAUCUUCAUCCGUACUGGAUUGCUUCAGAUCGAGCCGAAGUAGGCCGAAGCAGACUCUGAGAAUGCUUUCUGGUAUUGCAAUUCAAGCGUGUCAACAAUUUUCAGGUAUCAAUUUCAUCUUUUACUAUGGUGUCAAUUUUUUCAAUAAGACUGGGAUAACAAACAGUUACCUAGUUUCAUUCAUCACAUAUGCAGUCAAUGUGGCAUUUAACAUUCCCGGCUUAUUCCUUGUCGAUCGUGUCGGUAGACGUAAAAUCCUGUUAUUUGGUGGUGUAUUCAUGACCGCGUCGAACUUUAUCAUAGCCAUUGUUGGUUGUUCAACUAAUUCGGUUGUUGCCAAUAAAGUCAUGAUAGCUUUCAUCUGCGUAUUCAUAGCCUCUUUCUCGGCCACUUGGGGUGGAGGCGUGUGGGUCAUAUCUGCAGAGUUAUAUCCACUAGGUGUUAGGUCCAAGUGCACAGCCAUCUGUGCUGCAUCAAACUGGCUCGUGAACUUUAUCUGUGCGUUUAUAACCCCAUAUAUCGUGGAUACAGGAUCUCACACGUCCUCGAUGGGUCCAAAGAUUUUCUUUAUUUGGGGCAGUUUGAAUGCACUAGGUGUAGUUGUGGUUUAUUUUACCAUCUAUGAGACUAGAGGCUUAACUCUAGAAGAGAUCGACGAACUUUACAGCAAAUCGCCGAACAGCAUACAAUCAGCUAAAUGGAAUAAAAGAAUUAGGGAGAGAUCUAUGAACGAACUGCUCGAUGAAGCACAAAAAAUGGAAAGCCAACCAAGCGAGACUACACAAAAUGCUGCCACCAUCCAUCGGAGUCUAGAGAGCAAGGGGAUCAACAGUCUGCCAAUCCCUGGACUACCGAAUGACAUAGGCCCCGAGGCAACAAUGAAUUUUAACGAAAGACUUUACAACAACUCUUCUGAGACGGAGUAUGACGAAAUACCAAACAACUACGUUGAUUUAGGGAAUGGAUUGGGGAUCAAUACGUACAAUAGAGGUCCACCUUCAUUCCCCAGCGAUUCAAGUGACGAAGAAGAAGAUGCAGAUGGCGGGUCCUUUUCGCAUCGACCAACUCACGACUCGCAAAAUAUGGCUAGCGUCAACGAGUACAUGGCCCAAUUAAUGGAAAGCCGUUCGGAGUCGAGUCACAGCAAACCAGCAGGGCUUUUCACCAACUACAGAAAGCAUUCCGAAUAA